UUCUAGUUGUUUAACCAGUAGCUGUAUCUGGACAGUUAUGAUUAAGCAGCUGCAUUGUGAAUUCCGUAUGCUUGGCUAAUCUGUUGUUUUAAGGAAAAGGCAAGACAGUCCCAAGAUUAAUGGGCUGGACAAGAACCACCAAGAGUGAAUUCAGCAGAACUGAGCAUUAACUGGGGGAAAAGUGAUUACAGCAGUGGGUAAUCGCGACCGUCAACCCAUGGACCGCCUAUUCAAAACGGACCCCAGGCUCAAAUGCAGGGGACAGUAAUGUAAUUUGUAACCAAGGAAAGCUGACACGUUUGUUAAAAUGUAUACACGUUGUAAAGGGUUGAUACACUGUUCUUCAGCCUUUCGUGAGUUACCGCCCAGCUCCCCUCUUUGCACAAACUGGGAUGAAGGGACAGCAUCACUCACCGCGGUGUGUGAACGGGGCUGCGCAGCGCGGAGCGGGCCCGCGUUCGCGACAAUCCCAGCGCAGCAUCACCCACCAUGGCCCAGCCCCACAUCCCCCCGAGCUCUCCCCGGCCCCUCCGUGCGCGGGAUGAGCGCUCGUCCCGCUCCUGAGCACUCAUUAACCGCGGGGCCUCCGCUCUGCUGGGCCGGGCCGGCGGCUCCUGCCCGGGGAGGCCGGGCCAGCAGAGCCACCCCCUUCCCGGAGCCUGCCCCGGCUCCCGGCUGCGGGCCGUGCCGUGCCGAGCCGUGCAGAGCCGUGCCAUACCGGGCCGUGCCGUGCAGAGCCGGGCCGUGCCAUACCGGGCCGUGCCAUGGCCGCUCCCUGCUACCUGGGCUGGGAUUUCAGCACGCAGCAGUUGAAAGUCAUUGCUAUUGAUGAACAGCUGAGGGUCAUUUAUGAGGAUAAUGUUCAUUUUGAUAAGGACCUUCCGGAAUUUAAGACUCAAGGUGGAGUCUACAUUCACAGUGACAGACUGACAGUCACUUCACCAGUGCUUAUGUGGGUUAAGGCUCUGGAUAUGAUCUUGGAAAAGAUGAAGUCUUCAGGCUUUAACUUCUCUCAAGUCAGAGCUUUGUCUGGUGCUGGCCAGCAACAUGGGAGUGUGUACUGGAAAAAAGGAAGCAGCCAGAUUUUAAAGAAUGCAUCACCUGAACUGCCUUUACAUCAAUCACUAAAGGACUGUUUUUCAGUCAGUGACAGCCCCAUCUGGAUGGAUUCCAGCACAGCCUCCCAGUGCAGAGAGCUGGAGAAAGCCGUGGGGGGAGCCCAGCACCUGGCGAGGGUCACUGGCUCCCGAGCCUACGAGCGUUUUACAGGAAACCAGAUAGCAAAGAUUUACAGCCAGAAUCCUGAGGUCUACAAGCAAACUGAGAGAAUCUCUUUGGUCAGUAGCUUUGCAGCUUCCCUUUUCCUAGGAACUUAUGCACCUAUUGAUUACAGUGAUGGUUCUGGUAUGAACUUGCUGCAGAUUUGGGAAAAGGGAUGGUCCAAGUCCUGCCUUGAUGCUUGUGCCCCUGGAUUAGAGGAGAGACUAGGAUGCCCUGUGCCAUCCCACUCAGUCCUGGGGCCCAUUUCUCCAUAUUACAGUCAGCAUUAUGGGUUUAGCCCAGACUGUAAAGUGGUAGCAUUUACAGGAGACAAUCCAGCAUCACUGGCAGGGAUGAGACUUCAAGAAGGAGACAUUGCAAUUAGCCUUGGCACAAGUGACACAUUGUUCCUGUGGAUCCAAGAGCCAACUCCUGCCUUAGAAGGUCAUAUCCUCUGCAAUCCUGUUGAUUCUCAAACAUAUAUGGCACUUUUAUGUUUUAAGAAUGGCUCUCUGAUGAGAGAGAGGAUCAGAGAUGACUGUGCUUCAGGCUCCUGGGAUGAAUUCUCCAAAGCCUUAUCAUCAACUGUUGCUGGAAACAAUGGAAACUUGGGUUUCUACUUUGAUGUGAUGGAAAUUACUCCUGAAGCAGUUGGGAUUCACAGAUUCAACAGAGACAACCAAAAGGUUUCAGGAUUUCCAAAGGAAGUAGAAAUACGAGCACUGAUUGAAGGGCAGUUCAUGGCCAAGAGGAUUCAUGCUGAAAAGCUGGGAUAUAAAGUCUUGCCUAGAACAAGGAUUUUGGCUACUGGUGGUGCAUCCCACAAUAAAAAGAUCUUACAGGUCCUGUCUGACGUGUUCAACGCGCCCGUGUUCACCAUCGACACGGCCAACUCUGCUUGUCUGGGAAGUGCUUACAGAGCAAUCCAUGGGCUUGUAGCUGAGAGGAAUGUGUCCUUGGCUGAUGUUGUGAAAUUAGCACCAGAGCCCAGGUUGGCUGUUACACCCACCCCAGGGGCUGAGGAGCUCUAUCGUCCACUUCUGAAAAGAUAUGCUGAGCUUGAACAGAAGGUUAUCUACAACCCAACCUCUUCUUGUCUUGUGAAAUAGAAGCAAACAAAAUUUAUAUGUUGGCUGAGUGGGCUCCCAAGGAGAAGAUCAGAAGAGAUUUGCUCAGAAUUUACUGGAGCUGUUUAAAUCAUUUUGUUUCUCUUUGUAGACAAAUAAUUUUUAUAUGUCUGUGUUUGAGUGUGUUGGUGGGGAAAAAAUUACAUUGUGAUUGAAAACCUGAUUAAAAAAGCAUCAUAUUGC